GAUCAAAUUAAUAAAUUAUUCGAACAAAAAUGAUAUAAUAUGACGUAAUUAUAGAUUACAACAUGUUUCGUACAUGUAGAUACUAUAGUUAGUAUCUAUAGCCGUGGUACAUAUUGUACAUCAUUACGUACUAUAAUAGCGUUGCCGCCGUUGCAGUGUUCACUAUAGUUUCUAUAGCAAGUACCGUAGUUUUCGUAUAAAGUAUUUCAAAUUUGUUUACAGUCAAUAGUCAUUAGCCUUUAAGGUAUAUCUUAAAUCGUGGUCAGUAUAGUCAGUAGUCACCCUCUAUCAAAUAAACUUAACUGUUUAGUAGUCAGUGUAAUUUUUAUAAAGCAUAAAUAUUUUAUUAUUAUACAAAUACAACAGAAAAUUUACAGUAAUAUCUAAAUCGGAUUUGUUCCUUGUAUUUCCAAAUUUAUUUUGUGAAAUACUGUUAUGAGUAAUCCUAAUCAAAAUAAAUGGAGAGGUGGCAGAUAUUGGAAAAAGUAUACAAAUAAAAAUAAUCAACCAAAAAAUCCUAAUAACGUUGAAUGUGAUGUGAAUAUUAAUAUUGAGAAUUUGCAAGAGUGUCCAUUUCACGGAUGGCAGCUUUAUUUUCCAAAUGAAAAAUAUGAUGAAAAUAGCUUAACAGUGAAAUGUAUUUUUGCUUGUGUAUUAUUUCUAAAUACACACGAACAAAAUAUUUCUAUUGAACAACUUGUAGAAAAUAAAUCAUAUCUUUUGAAUGUAGAUUCUUUAAACCAAGAUGAAGAUUUCACCUCAGUCUGGUCACAUUUUUGGGAUGUUUUAACGAAUCGCCCAAAUUACACAUUGAAAUGUUUAGGACUUGCUAUUCAUCAUUAUGCAUUAGAAGAAUUAAACAAAAAUAUUCAUGAUGAUUGUACUAAAUUCAAAAAUUUACCAAUGAUUCAUCCCAGAAUUAUAAAUUUUGGUCCAAUUUUUCAUUUAAAAAAUUUAAGAGCUGAUACUGAUGGAAAACUAAUUUUAGUUCACGGGACUGUAAUAAAAGCCAGUAGUUUGAAAUUUCAAUGUUUGUGGUUAGGAUUUGUGUGCAAUACUUGUGGCUCAAUUCAAAAUAUUAAACAAUCUGAUGGUAUAUUUUCAAAACCAAAACAAUGUAGCAAUUCUGUAUGCCGUAUACGUUCAUUUUCAAUAUGUAGAAAUUCACCACUUACUCAAACUAUUAACUGUCAAACUAUUAGAGUUCAAGAAUUACAAAGUGAUGACCAGAGAGAAAGUGGUAGAGUGCCCAGAACUGUUGAAUGUGAACUUACAAAUGAUUUGGUUUAUACUUGUAUUCCUGGAGAUGUUGUUAGUGUUACCGGUAUUGUAAAAAAGAAAUCAUGUAAUUCUGGUAAACAAAAUGCUCAAAAUAAAGAAUCAAAUGUUUUUAUGCAAUAUAUUGAAGUAGUAUCUAUACAAAACAAUAAAAACCAAUCUAAAGGAAAAGUUACAAGUACUGCAUUUCAAUUUACGAUGAGAGAUUACUACUGUAUCCAAAAACUCCAUUCAAAACCAUAUCUUUUUGAAUUAAUGGUAAACUCAAUAUGUCCGGGUAUUUAUGGUCAUGAAAUGGUGAAAGCUGGUAUGUUGCUUUCUCUAUUUGGUGGAAGUAAUUGUGCUUUAAAUCAAACACGUGGAGAUAUUCAUAUUUUAGUCAUUGGUGAUCCUGGCCUUGGAAAAUCACAAAUGCUUCAGUCUGUAUGUAAUAUUUCACCACGAGGUGUGUUUGUUUGUGGAAGUACAUGUUCAUCAGCUGGACUAACUGUUAGUCUGACUCGAGAAAAAGGUAUUGAUUUUUCUUUAGAAGCUGGAGCUGUUGUUUUGGCUGAUCAAGGUGUGUGUUGUAUUGAUGAAUUUGAUAAAAUGACUCAAGAUCAUAAUACAUUACUGGAAGCUAUGGAACAACAAACAAUAAGUAUUGCUAAAGGUGGAGUUAUUUGUUCUUUACCUUGCCGAACUACUAUAAUGGCUGCUGCAAAUCCAAUUGGUGGACACUAUGACCAGAAUAAAAGUGUAUUAGAUAAUUUGAAAAUGAGUCAAGCAAUGUUAUCUCGUUUUGAUUUAAUUUUUUUACUUAUAGACACACCCAAUGAGUUGACUGAUAAACAUCUAACUGAACAUGUGCUUAAUAUACAUUCAAAUAAGAUAAAGCAAACCCAGAAUAUUAACAAUUCUGAUGAAAUUAAUAAUUCAUUGAAAGAACGAUUUUCACAAUUUAGUAAAAGUAGCGAUUAUAUUUCUCAAGCAGAAUUACGUAAAUAUAUAGCAUAUGCGAGAAAAUAUGUUUCAUCUCCAACUCUGUCAAAUGAAGCCAAAGAAAUGUUACAACAGUUUUUUAUUGAAUUACGUACUAAAAAUUUAAGCUUUGGUAUUCCAAUAACUGUAAGACAAUUAGAGUCUUGUAUCAGACUUGCACAAGCACGUGCUAAAGUAGAACUUCGAGAAGAAGUGACUGCAAAAGAUGCAUAUGGAGUAAUUGAACUGAUUAAUUUUAGUCUUGUAAAAACUCAAUGCGAUGAAUUUAGUGGAUUUGGAUUUAAGAAAAGUAUAAAAAAAACUGGAAUUCGUGCUCAGUCAAGGAAAUUAUUAGCUGAGUUACAAAGACAUGGUAAAAUAGAACGAAUCUUUAGUAUAGAUCAAAUGAAGUUAUUUUCAAAACAGUUAAACAUUGCUACUUUAGAUUUCUAUAAUAUAGUAGACUUAUUAAACAAUGAAGCAAUCAUAAUUAAAAAAGGAAACAAUAUGUAUGAAUUAAAAGUUUAAUAAAUAUUUAUGUUAAAAACUGUUACAGCAUAGAUCUUUUCUUAUUAUUUAUAUACUUUUGUAAUAUUAUUAGCAUACCGAAUUUAAUAUCUAUGUUUAUAUUUAAAAAUUAAGUUAAAAUUUAGAAUAAGUAAAUUGUAUUAAAUUAUUUUGAAAUAUGAAAAUGGUUUUAGCAUUGUCUUAACUUUGAAUUCCUAAUGUAAAAAAUAAUGUAUUAAUCAUCAAACACUAUUUGCUUUCAGCAUCUACUUUAUUUUAAAUAAUAUCUGUUCAGUUUUUAAUUUUUAUAAUAUUUAAUUAUAAAAUAUGAUUACAUUUUGUAUCUACCUAGUGGUUAUAUUAUAUAGUUAUUAGAUUAUAUUAGGUAAAAUAUAUUAUAAGAAACAUUAAUAUAGAAUAUUUAUAUCUAUGUCCAAUAUCAUAGUAAACAUACAUCAUAAUUUAAAAUUCUUUAAAGACUCAAUUUUAAACUACUAAUUAAGUUAAGGUAGGUAUUGUUUUAAAUAAAAUGUCUAUCCAUUAAUCAUAUAAUUUUUGAGAAAAUGUAAAUAAUAAUUACUAAUGAUGAUUGGUCUUAUAAUGUAAUAGACCGUGCAAUAAAUUUAAAUAUUUUAUGCACAAAUAAUUUGAUUUAAUAAGAUGAAUAUACUCUAUAAUAGAUUUAUUAUUAAUUGUGUAGUAGUUAUAUAUCUGAAAUACUAAAACAUACAAUUUUUAUUAACUUAUUUUCCAAUUAAUUUAAAAGUUAAAAUAAAAUACAAUUAAAUAAAAAUUAUAAUUUUUAUAA